AGGUCUUCAGUGAGAGACUAAACGUGAUCCCGCACGGUACGGUCACCGUAGCGAUCGAAAGUACACAGUGUACAUAUACCCUCCUUCCCUUCCCCGUAGACGCAACACGCAUAUUUAUGUAUAUACGCGACGCAUAUUUGUACACGAUCUAUAUUUUUGUACCAACGAUAAUAUAAUUAGAUGACUUUUUUGUAUCGUGAAAUACGUCCAACUGGCAGAAUCAUUGUGUAUAUAUACACAUAUAUGGUGCAUGAAAAGUGGUAGAACCGGCAGAGUCCACCGUUACCGAUGGGUAGGACGGAUAUGUCAAAAACGCUCAAUGCUUAUAGAAUUAAAAAAAUUGAGAACAUAGGCAGAAUGACGGCGAUGACGCAGGAGGAAAUUGUGGCUGGAGCACGGACCGUCGCACAAGGUCUGGAGGCUCUCCGAGUCGAACAUGGUGGUCUGCUACAAGGCCUGCAAUCUCAGGACGCGCCUGCCGCUCGGGACAAGGCUAGUCUGCUUUCUAAAAUCAUCGAGAUGAUCGACCUGGGCCUAGGCGAAGCGCAAGUGAUGCAAGCGUUAGCGAGUCAUUUGCAGAUGGUGGAAGCAGAAAAGCAGAAACUAAGGACGCAGGUGAAGAGGCUGUGCCAGGAGAAUGCUUGGCUCAGGGAUGAGUUAGCCGGUACACAACAGAAGUUGCAAGCGAGUGAGCAAGCCGUUGCUCAAUUAGAAGAAGAAAAGAGACACUUAGACUUUAUGGCCAGUAUGCGACAAUACGAUCCAGAUCCAUCAACAGAAGAUGAAAAUGCUAAGGAUCGACCAAAGGACGAUCCUGUGGUGGAUCUCUUUCCUGAUGAUGAUACGGAUGAUCGCAACAGCAAAUCUAUAUCUCCGACUCCGCCCUCGCAGUUUGCUCAGCAAGUGAAUGCUGGCUAUGAGAUACCGGCACGCUUGCGCACAUUGCACAACCUGGUGAUCCAAUAUGCGAGUCAAGGCCGUUAUGAAGUGGCGGUUCCUCUGUGUAAACAAGCUUUGGAAGAUCUAGAAAAAACCUCUGGCCAUGAUCAUCCUGACGUGGCAACCAUGCUUAACAUCCUCGCUCUCGUAUAUCGAGACCAGAACAAAUAUAAAGUGACCGACGCUCUAGCGAUUCGAGAGAAAACGUUAGGUGAAAAUCACCCCGCGGUAGCGGCAACGUUGAAUAACCUUGCAGUGCUGUAUGGAAAACGAGGAAAAUAUAAGGAGGCUGAACCCCUAUGCAAACGAGCACUAGAGAUCCGCGAAAAGGUACUAGGUCGCGAUCAUCCAGAUGUAGCAAAGCAAUUAAAUAAUCUGGCACUACUGUGCCAGAAUCAAGGCAAAUACGAAGAGGUGGAGCGUUAUUAUCAGCGAGCACUGGAGAUCUAUGAAGUUAAGCUAGGCCCGGAUGACCCAAACGUCGCUAAAACGAAAAACAAUCUAGCAUCUUGUUACUUGAAGCAAGGAAAAUACAAGGAUGCUGAGGUGUUAUACAAGCAGGUGCUUACUAGAGCGCAUGAGAGAGAAUUUGGCGCCAUCGAUGGUGACAACAAACCGAUUUGGCAGGUAGCUGAAGAAAGAGAGGAAAAUAAGCACAGAAACAAGGAAAACACACCAUAUGGCGAAUAUGGCGGUUGGCACAAGGCCGCGAAGGUGGAUUCUCCUACCGUUACUACUACUUUAAAGAAUCUCGGUGCCCUUUAUCGAAGACAGGGUAAAUACGAAGCUGCUGAAACGCUCGAAGAUUGCGCUUUGAGAUCUCGAAGAGAGCACGUGCAACAAGCAUUAGAACUGGUGAGUAAGGCACGGGUGGUACAGACGCUGUUAGGCGAUGACAAAAGCUCUACCAGACGUGGCUCGCGAUCCAGUCUGGCUAAUAGCGAACAUGAACAAAGUCAUGAAGAGGACUGGAAGUAUGCCUUUCGUGCGAAGUAAAGGAAACGUUCAUUGACGAGAACUACUUUACGAGAACUACAUUAGACUAUAAUCUCAAUGUGCGAAUGAUAAGAGACGAAAGGAGACUCUGCAUUGACGGAUGAUGAUGUUCGGAUCGUUCACAGCACACAUUCCAGUUACUUCUCUCUAAUGAAAAACUCACUGUUAUGCGAGCUAACUUGUUCUGGUUCUAGAUUUUUAUUCAUAGUUUCAUGUGGACAAUUUUACUAUUUGGCAUGAAUUAUUAUUUACUACGUUCUCAUUGUUUCGAAUGAUUAUAUGAAUAAAUCUGAAAGAUAUCGAGUAAUCGAAUCAAAAUUCAAAAGGAUCAUAAUUAUUUAAAUCGCGUACAUUUUUUUGUGCUUUUUUCGAUAACGCGCUUUGUCCUUCUAGCUAAUCCUGAUUAAUUUCAGCUUCAUAAUUGCGCGUGUGAUGAUAUAAAUAU